AGUACAUUUAAACCUUACAUUCAGUUUUACAUUCACAUUCACAUUCACAUCUUGGUCAAGCAUGAGCCGGACCAUCUUUCUCCUGUCCUUGGUCUUAUUGAUCUGCAUGGAUUUUACUGAGGGCCAACGGAUGUUCAUAAGCAAGCGAUGUCUGUGCUCCAGAACAUAUGACAGUCUGCGGCCUGGAAACAUCAAGGAGUGGAAAGUGCACAAACCUAGUGCAUUCUGUGACAACACUGAGAUUGUUGUGAUUUUGAAGAAACCUCAUAUUAAAGUCUGUCUGAAUCCUAAAUCGCCACAAGGACAACGACUACAAUUGAAUUAAGACACUCACACCUGGACAGCUGAGCUCCAAGUACACACCAGAUCAUCCAUCAGAUGACUAGAGAUGUUCAGGGUUCCUUUUGUUAUUGUAAUUUUGGAAAUGGUGUCUCUCAAUAAAAUUGAUUUAUUAAAAAAGAUCCUUCAAUUCAGAAGAUGAAAACGCUUCAAUUCAGUUUAAAUUAUACUUUGACGUACUGUAUUAUAAGAAGGAGAGGCAUGAAAGGAAUUAGACUGCCAGCACAUUCUGCUGUUUCACAUGCAGUGCCAGUCUGAAUGCUGUCAUUGGUCAUUUUUAUGUAAUGUUACUAUUGUGUACUUAAAAAAAAUUUUUUUGAAGUUUGUAGACUUCUUGAACAUUAGAGCAAAUGAAUGAAAUUAUGUUUGAGUCUGAAUGUAUUUGUCAUUAUUUUUUUAUUUUUUUUAUGAUGUUCUUGUUCAUUCAGUGGGGAAACCCACAAAUCUUGGAAUCUGGUCAACCUAUAUAUAUCUGUAACUGCCAUUAGAACUGCCUUGCAUGGUUUUCAGUAAAGAAGCCUAGAAAAAUUGGAGAAAAAAAUAUUGUUUGUCAAA